CGGCCACUCAAAGACACGAAAUCAACAUCAUGGCCUCUCUGAACCAGCAGUAUGAAGAGAAGGUGCGUCCCUGUAUCGACCUCAUCGACUCUCUUCGCUCUCUGGGUGUAGAGAAGGACUUGGCGUUGCCGGCUAUUGCCGUGAUCGGAGACCAAAGCUCGGGGAAGAGUUCCGUGUUGGAGGCGUUGUCAGGAGUGGGUCUGCCGAGAGGGAGUGGCAUCGUGACAAGAUGUCCUCUUGAACUAAAGAUGAAGAGAAAGAAAGAGGGAGAAGACUGGUAUGGAAAGAUAAGCUACCUGAAUUACGAGGAAGAAUUAGACGACCCUGCGGAUGUGGAGGAGAAAAUUAGAGAAGCUCAGGAUGAAAUGGCUGGGGAGGGAGUGGGAAUCAGCGAAGAGCUCAUCAGUCUGGAAAUCGCCUCUCCUGAUGUUCCGGAUCUGACACUCAUUGAUCUGCCUGGAAUCGCCAGGGUGGCUGUGAAGGGACAACCCGAAAACAUUGGAGAAAAGAUCAAGAGACUGAUUGAGAAGUUUAUCACGAGACAAGAAACCAUCAGUUUGGUGGUUGUUCCUUGUAAUGUGGACAUAGCCACCACAGAGGCCCUGAAGAUGGCUCAGGAGGUGGAUCCUGAAGGAGAGAGGACUCUGGGUAUCUUGACCAAGCCUGAUCUGGUGGACAAAGGCACAGAACAUAUGGUGGUGGAAAUUGUCCACAAUGAAGUGAUCCCCCUUGAAAAGGGCUACAUGAUUGUCAAGUGCAGGGGUCAGAAGGAGAUCACAGACAAAGUGUCUCUUACUGAAGCAAUAGAAAGAGAAAAGGCAUUUUUCCAAGAACAUUUACACUUCCAAACUCUGUACAAUGAAGAUCAUGCGACUGUGCCCAAACUGGCUGAGAAACUCACACUGGAACUAGUGCAUCACAUCGAGAAAUCUCUGCCUCGACUUGAAGGCCAGAUUGAGGAGAAGCUAGAACAGACCCGCUUAGAGCUGGAGAAGUAUGGAAAUGGACCCCCAAAUGACCCAGCUGAGAGACUUGUUUUCCUCAUUGACAAAGUGACAGCAUUCACUCAAGAUGCCAUGAGUCUGACUUCAGGAGAGGAGCUCAAGUGUGGAGACAAGCUCAACGUCUUUUCCAUGCUCAGAAGAGAGUUCGGGAAAUGGAAUUGCCUCCUGGAUUGUUUAGGAGACAAGUUUAACAGUAAGGUUGAGAGAGAGGUGGAGGAUUAUGAAGAGAAGUACCGUGGAAGAGAACUACCGGGCUUCGUCAACUACAAGACCUUUGAGGUCAUGGUCAAGGAGCAGAUCAAACAGCUGGAGGAGCCUGCUGUGAAGAGACUCAAAGACAUUGGAGAUGCAGUGAGGAAGGUGUUCAUACAGCUGGCCAUAAGUAACUUUGCUGGAUUCCCUAACCUCAUAAAAACAGCCAAGGCAAAGAUUGAAGCCAUAAGAGAACUCAAGGAAACCACUGCUGAGUCCUUUAUGAGAACUCAGUUCAAAAUGGAGCUUCUUAUUUACUCUCAGGACAGGACCUACAGCAGCAGUCUGACUGACAGAAAGAAAGAGGAGAGCGAGGAGGAGGCAUCCUCAAAUCGCGCUCCACGUGUUAAAUUUCAAAAUCCUGUGCCCAAGCAGGAUAAUCAUGCAACACUUCAGGAGCUGAAGAUGCAUCUUAAAUCAUACUACAAAAUUGCGAGCAUGCGUCUUGCAGACCAGAUCCCGAUGGUGAUCCGCUACCAGAUGUUGCAGGAAUCUGCCGUCCAGCUGCAGAGGGAGAUGCUGCAGGAGCUUCAGGAUAAGGAGAAUUUGGACUUCUUGCUGAAGGAGGAUUGUGACAUUGGCAGCAAGAGGGAUGUUUUGCAGAGCCGCCUUAAACGCCUCUUGAUGGCUCGCGCAAAACUGGUGGAGUUCUAGAAAUUCUUUCCCUUUUUACAAUCUGUUGUACAUCUUUCAUUUGUCAAGACCACAGCACAGUACAGUGCAGUGCUUAUUGUAGGAUCAUUUGACUAUUUUUUCUGUUUGGGAAAGGUUAACACCUGCAUUAUGGGGCAUUGUUUUGGAUGUACUAAAAUUCAUGCUCCUAUAGUUUCUAGAAACUAAAAUUGAACACAUACAAAUUUGAAUGUGAUGUUAUUUUACACAACACAAUAUGGUAGUAGCAAAAACCUUUAUAUCAUAGAUACAGUCACUGUAGUAUUACAGUUCCAAGGGAUUGUAUCAAAUUGAACUGUGAGGUAAGAAUAGGAAUAUUUCACCAAUACUUUGUUGCAUUGUUCUAGUUGUCUUCUGAUACUUGUACAAAUUUUAAUAGGCAAUUGUGUCCUGAUGUACAUUUCCAGUUGCAUUACAGUUAUAUUUGAUUAUUUAAUCCAAUUUAAACAUUCCUUUUCUUGAACAUUUAAAUUUUUACAAUUACAGUUCCAAGUCUACCUUUUGAUUAUUUUGAAAUGCAUUUUUUCAAUACAGAUGUUCUUACCUAAA